GGUGGCCGGCAUCAUGGCGUCCACGCCGCCGCUGCGGGACCGCCUGAGCUUCCUGCACCGGGUGAGUGCGGGCGGCCGCGGGAACGUCGACGAUGAUGUCCCGUGUCCGGGCUACUUGUUUGAGGAGAUCGCCAAAAUCUCACACGAGUCCCUGGGCAGCAGCCAGUGCCUCCUGGAGUACCUUCUGAACCGUCUGCACAGCGGCUCUGGCCGAGUGAAGCUGAAGGUGCUGAAGAUCCUGCUCCACCUGUGUGGUCACGGCUCCUCCUCGUCCUUGCUCAUCCUCAAACGCAACCCUGCCUUCAUCCAGGAAGCCGCAGUUUUCUCGGGGCCCCCAGACCCUCUCCACGGGAACAGCUUGUACCAGAAGGUGCGGGCGGCCGCCCAGGACUUGGGGAGCGCCUUGUUCUCGGACAACUUGUCGCCCCCGCCUCCCUCCCAGCCACCCAGGGCCCUGCCUCCGGCAGGCAUGGGCUCCGAGUCCAGGCCGGGCGCCCUCCAGGGCUUCGGCUACAGCAAGGAACGGGGCCCCACAGGUUCUGCGGGCGAAGCCUUCCUCUCCACCAUCCAGAAGGCCGCAGAGGUCGUGGCCAAUGCUGUGCGCCCCGGGCCCGAAAGCCCCGGCACCCGGAGGCCCCUCCCGCGGGGUGGCUACCAGCCCGCCAUGACGCCCGCAGCCAGCCGUGGUUGCCCCAGUGCCGCGAAGCCGGUCCCCGGAGCUCUCCCGGGCGCCCGAGGAAGCGUCACGAGACCCCAGCCCGGGCAGGCAGGAGGGGGUUGGGACGAGCCAGACAGCGGCUCCAGCUCCCAGAAUUCAUCCCGGGGGAGCGGUGACCCAGGCAAGGUCUCAGACUCAGGCAGUCGGUCGGGCAGCGACAGCCCCUCGGCAGCUAGCCAGGCACCCAGCGACCUGGCAGAGCGGGUGGAGGCCGUGACCCUGAGCGACUGCCAGCAGGAGCAGAGCCUGGUCCAGACUGUGACACGGGGGCCGCGUGCCUUUCUGAGCCGAGAGGAGGCUCAGUGCUUCAUCAAAGAGUGUGGGCUGCUCAACUGUGAGGCGGUCCUGGAACUGCUGACCCGCCGCCUGGACGGGACCAGCGAGUGUGUGCAGAUGAGGGCCCUGGGCGCCAUCGCGUCCCUGGGCUGCACCGACCUGCUCUCCCAGGAGCACAUCCUGCUCCUCGCCCGGCCCGCGCUGCAGGAGCUCAGCGUGGUCAGCCCUGGACCCGUGACCAACAAGGCCACCAAGAUCCUGAGGCACUUUGAAGCCUCCUGCCGACAGCGGCCCCCCGCCCAGAGGCCCCCGGUCGAGCUGGGCCCUGUUGCUGGCCGCGGGGGGCCGGCCGACCUGCUGACCGACGCCGUGCCCUUCUCCGGGAGCCACGCCUUCCUGCAGCCGCUGAGUUCCGCCCUCUUCCCGCCAGGGCCUGCGCACCCCCUUCCCCCCGAUGGCUCCCCGCUCUCAGUCCCCAGGGAGGCCGAGGCCGGCCUGGUGGGUUCCAGAGAGGAGGGCGGACCCGAGUGGAGCCCGCCGGGCACGGGCUCCCCAAAGGGAGCGCCGGAACUUUGCCCAGGGCCCGGGGGCUGCAGCUCCUUGUUUGCGGGCAUGGAGCUGGUGGCCUGUCCCCGCCUGCUGGGGGCCGGGCCCGCCACAAGAAGAGGCCCCCCAGGCCCCUGGACGCCACCACAGAGGGCGGCGGCAGCAGGAGCCCCUCCCGGCUCGGAACCUUCUGCCUUCCCUUUCCUAAACUCGUGACCUUGCCAGCCUGGGCCACAUGUGGAGUCACCGUGGGCCCGGCCUGUAAAUCCCAGGAUUCCGUGACUCUGUGCUGUCCUGUUUGCCCGCAGCCCCCACGUCCCACCGAGGAGUGGUUCCCCUCGGGUGUGUGUGGCCGGUCCGCCCUCCCUCUGGCGUCCCCCCCUCACUCACCGAGGACACGGUGCGGGCAGCUGACCAGAGCGAAUACACGGCCGCUGAUCAAGGCCCGGGUGAUGUGCCACGGGUCCACGAGCCAGCAGAGCCAGGUGGCACCGUGCGCGGGGGUCAGCUCCCAACCCGAAAGCGGGUUCCCCGGUUUCCUGUGGAUGAGGCAGGACCUCCCUCGUGCACGGGCCCUUCCUGUUGGGCGUGGUGGCCGGAGGGGCAGCCUGAGGCCUUGGGGGAGAAACCGGACCAGCGCCGAGCCGGGCCGGUUUCUGGGCAGGGUUAGGAACUGAGCUGCUCGUUCAGGGUGGUGGCUGGGGGCCCCGGACCGACUGCCGGGUCUCCUGCCCUGCAGCCGUCCGGGGGGGCCCCAUCCGCAGACACUGUCAGGCCGCUCUCCCCGCGGCCAGAAGGGACUGCGAGGGGGACGGGGCAGAGGGCGUGGCACGGCCUGCCUGGAGGGGACAGGAGCAGAGGCCCGGCUCCUCACUUGGAUCUGUCUGGGGCUCCCAGGGUCCUCACAGACACCAUGGAGAAGGGCACCCUGCCCCCUCUGUGGGGACGAGUCAGGAGGAGACAGUCCAGGCCGUGGCCCUUGCCACCCUGGGAGAGGGCUCGGGGCUACCUCAGUUUCCCCUCCAUGUCUCCCUUACCAGAGGCUAGCUGUCUGGACUUGGAUUCCUGCAGCAGCGGGUCUGGGAAACGCUGACCUCAGGGGCCCCUGGAGACCCGUGCCUGCCUCUCAGAAACAAGGGCUUUUUGUGUGGGUUUGGAAGCACGGCUUGAGUAUUUUGGGGCUCAGAGCGCUCCCUUCGCAGGGAGUCCUACAAUCGGCCAAGCGGCUCAUCCACCUGGGGCGGGGGGCGGGCUGUUUCUGCUGCCAGAUCCCGGUACGACCUGUGUCUGGUCCCUGCAGACUGUGCGGGGCUGGCCUCGGGGCAAGGGUUCUGGUGCCUCAGAGGGUCGCGGCUGCUCCAGGGGUCACAGCACCAGAGCUUCCGAAUAAACGCGGUUGUUCCCGCAAA